UCCCCGUCGAAGUGCUCAUUCACAUUCCGGCUGUGUCACGUCGAUCGGAUCGUGCAUCGCCGUCGGUUACACACGACUCAACCCACGCCAUCAAGCGGCAACAGUACACCUGGCCUUAUCCCUCGUUCACGGCAAAGCCGCGGAAAUUCAAAAGGCCGAAAUCAAAAGCAUCCUGCCAAUAACCUCCAGUAGUUACCAACCAGUAGCAGUUGCUCGCUCGCUUGUCCGCAUCUCAUCGCUCCAAUUGACCCAACUGCUCUCGAAACAUUUUCUCCAGCAAACCAAACACCAAGCUUACACUAGCUCGAAUCCGCCAUGCAUCUCCUCCGGGAGCUUGUCGUCACCACGCUCCUGCUGCUCGCGUCGACGUCGGGCGCCGAUGCCGCGUUCUACGGCGCAAAGAGUGCCAUCGUCCAGUUGGACCACAAGAACUUCCAGAAGGAGAUCCUGAGCUCCGGCAAUGCUGCGAUGGUCGAAUUCUACGCGCCGUGGUGCGGGCACUGCCAGAACCUCAAGCCGGCGUACGAGCAGGCGGCCACGUCGCUCAAGGGCAUGGCAAAGAUUGCCGCGAUCGACUGCGACGAGGAAAAGAACAAGCGCACCUGCGGCGAGUAUGGCAUCAAGGGCUUUCCCACGCUGAAGCUGUUCGUGCCCUCCAGCAAGAAGGGACGGCCGGUUGUCGAGGACUACAAUGGUGGCCGUACGGCCAAAGCCAUCGCCGACGCCGUGGCCGAGCGCAUCCCGAACCACGUUACCAAGCUGAGCGGCUCCAAGUUCACCGAGUUCCUGAGCGACAAGAACGACACUGCCAAGGCGAUCCUGUUCACGAGAAAAGGCACCACCAGCGCGCUGUGGAAGAGCCUUGCCGUCGACUUCCUCGACACCAUCUCCUUCGCGCAGGUUCGUGAUAAGGAGACCGCCGCGGCGGAGCUGAUGGGCGUGUCUACGUUUCCUACGAUCGUGGUGCUUCCCGGCGGCGACGCAGAGGGAGUCGUCUACCGCGGAAAAAUGGAGAAGCAGGCCAUGUACGACUUCUUCGCUGCUGUCAAGGCGCCCAAGAGCAGCGAGGAGCCGGAAUCUUCCAGCACGUCCUCCUCCACCACCACCGCGAAGCCCACGCCGACCCCCGCCCCCGAAGUGCCCACGCUCACGGGCCUCACCGCGCUGCAGUCCACCUGCCUCGCCAAAAAGUCCAAGACAUGCAUCCUCCUGCUCUCGUCGACGCCCGUAGCAGGCGUGACAGGCGCCUACGGCAAGCUCGUUAGCCGGCCGCCGCCCCACACGUUCCAGGUGUUCCAUGUGCCCGCCACCGACGAGCUCGCUGCCGCGCUCGUUGAGAAUCUGCAGCUCGGAACCGAACUGCCCCAGUUGGUCGCGGUAAAUCAUCGUGGAUGGUUUAGAAGGUUCGCUGGUGAUGCCGAGAAGAGUGCGGAUGUUCUGGCGUGGUUGGAUGCGGUUAAGAUGGGUGAGGGUAGCAAGGGGAAGGUGCCGGAUGCGCUGAUGGCUCAGGAGGAGGGUGUUGGGGAGAAAGUCCGAGAGAAGGUGGAGGAGGUGGUGAAGAGUGUUGAGGAGGAGGUGGAGGAGGUCAAGGAGAAGGUGGAAGAGAAGGUUGAGGAUGUCAAGGAGGCGGUGGAAGAGACGGUGGAGGAUGUCAAGGAGAAGGUGGAGGAGAAGGUGGCGGAUGUCAAGGACGAGUUGUGAUCUACAUACCCCAUAUACUUUCCUAGAUACCCAGCACCAUCGAAAUAACUGAUACCAAUACCAAUCGAACCACUAUACCCUACCUA